AUGGAGGGCGGCAGCGCUGGCAGCGCCGGCAGCGGUGGCAGCGACAGCAGCCCCAGCGGGAGUGGCGGGGCGCAGCAAAGGGAGCUGGAGCGCAUGGCCGAGGUCCUGGUCACCGGGGAGCAGCUACGGCUCAGGCUGCAUGAAGAAAAGGUUAUUAAAGAUAGGCGACAUCAUCUCAAAACCUACCCAAACUGUUUCGUUGCAAAAGAACUGAUUGACUGGCUGAUUGAGCACAAAGAGGCUUCUGACCGCGAGACAGCAAUUAAACUCAUGCAGAAAUUAGCAGACCGGGGCAUCAUUCAUCAUGUGUGUGACGAGCACAAGGAAUUCAAGGAUGUCAAACUCUUCUACCGCUUUAGAAAGGAUGACGGUACCUUCCCACUGGACAACGAAGUGAAGGCCUUCAUGCGAGGACAGAGGCUAUAUGAGAAGCUGAUGAGCCCUGAAAACACACUCCUGCAGCUCCGGGAAGAGGAGGGGGUCAAGUACGAGCGGACCUUCAUGGCAUCUGAAUUCCUGGAUUGGCUGGUUCAGGAAGGUGAGGCCACCACAAGGAAAGAAGCAGAGCAACUAUGCCACCGGCUUAUGGAGUAUGGCAUCAUUCAGCACGUGUCCAACAAGCACCCAUUCGUGGACAGCAAUCUUCUCUACCAGUUCAGAAUGAACUUCCGGCGGAGGCGAAGACUCAUGGAGCUGCUCAAUGAAAAAUCCCCUUCCCAGGAAACGCAUGACAGUCCCUUCUGCCUGAGGAAGCAGAGCCACGACAAUCGGAAAUCUACCAGUUUUAUGUCAGUCAGCCCCAGCAAGGAGAUCAAGAUCGUGUCGGCCGUGAGGAGGAGCAGCAUGAGCAGCUGUGGCAGCAGCGGCUACUUCAGCAGCAGCCCCACCCUCAGCAGCAGCCCCCCUGUGCUCUGCAACCCCAAGUCUGUGUUAAAGAGGCCCGUCACCUCUGAGGAACUCCUGACUCCCGGAGCACCAUAUGCAAGGAAGACAUUCACGAUUGUCGGUGACGCCGUGGGCUGGGGCUUCGUGGUGCGAGGAAGUAAGCCGUGCCACAUCCAGGCCGUGGACCCCAGUGGCCCCGCGGCCGCCGCGGGAAUGAAGGUCUGUCAGUUUGUCGUCUCUGUCAACGGGCUCAACGUGCUGCAUGUGGACUACCGGACCGUGAGCAAUCUGAUUCUGACGGGCCCGCGGACCAUUGUCAUGGAAGUCAUGGAGGAGUUAGAGUGCUGAGUGGGUGGCCCCCCGGCGCUUCGAGGGGCCUGCAGAGGAGCAACACCGAGACAACGCGAAGCAGUGCAAGGACCAGACUUCCAUGCACUUGGGCGGCCCUGGAUGUGCAGAUCUUUCCUCCACGCACACACAUCUGAAUUUGAGUUUCAUACACUGUAUGAAGUGGAAGAACCGGGUAAUACAUCUUACAGACAACAGCUUACGUCAGUGUAGAAAAGAUCUGAGACAGAAUUUUCUUACUGGGUAGAAUUGCUUUACCUGAUCUCUGUUUGUAGUUUUCAUCCACUGUUUCUUAUCUUAACUUGCAGAAAGUUGUUGAAAUGCUUCUCUAGCCAAAACAGCAACAUGCUAAAAUCCCCUUCGUUAAGAGUCAGUAGAGGAGUUUUCAUAGACUUUAAAUUGAAUCCUCACCGAAAUGAGCAUGGGACUGUUUAUUAGAGAAUGUAGAUUUCACCGAGCUUCAAAUUAAAGCAACGAGCACAGGAGUGGUGCCUGUUGAUUAGCAUUUUGAAGAGGGUUCUAAAGCAUUCAAGAGCUUAAAAGCCAUGGAAAAAAUGGCUUUUUCUUAAUUCCUGCCCUUAAAAGUAUCAACUUUUAACAUAUGUUUUCAACUAUGGCAUUAGAUAAAAAACAAAAACUCUGUGAUGAUAUGGGUGAGUAGAUAGGGAGAUGCUACUUAAACUUGUUUGCUCUGUUUUGUCUGUCUGAGCCGAAAUCAUUUUGUUCUAUCAGCUACAGCAUCUUCCAGAAUUAAUGCUGAAUGUGUUGAAUGUCAAAACAGAGGCAUCUGUACAUACACAUAGAGUUCAGAAUCGAGCCUCUGGCAAAAUUUCACUUUGAGGUUGUCCCCUCUUAAGUGAAGUAUCCUAGAACUUGGCCCAUAUGUGAUAAAACUUGAAACGACAUUGCCUUAUUGGCCUGAAUAUUUACUAGCUUUCUAGUAGAACGUAUUCUAAGGAAAUGGCCUGCUGCUUAUUUGGCAGGAUUCUUUUUCGCCAAAAAGCAGGCUUUGUGUUGUAACUUUGCAGCUCGCUUGUAUAUAUGCAUGUUUCUUUUUUUGGUCUAGAAAAGAAUGAAUUUUGAGGCUUGGUGUAUAGAGGAAAUUCCUCAAAGUGCCAAAUUAGGGAGCCAGGGAAUGCUGAAUUCUUCAUUUCAUAUAAUGCAUUCUGAACGAUGAGGUUACUUUCCUAUUAUGUAUUAACAAAAUAAAAUAUGAAUGAUGUACCUCAGCCAUUAUUUUGUGAUAGGUUAUCAUAAUGUCUUGGUACUGGUGGAAUCGACAUACUGUGUUAAAGAUGCUACAUAUAUAUGUUUCUGGUAAUCCAACAUUUCUGAUCUAUAGCUUUAGUCAGAGACUAGGGUUGCAAAGUAAGAUAGAAUGGCUACUAUUAAUACUGUCAAUCUACAUUUGAGAAAUAUUAUCAUCUCCAUACACAUGAUCGUAUGUGUGUUUGUACUGUAUGCCAGUCUCUGUGCCACCGUCUUAACAAAUAUGAUCUCUUUUCAUCGCCGCCACAACCCCCAAGGCAGGGAUUAUCCUCUUUUCGGUUGUGGAAACUAGGUCUGAGCAAGUUUAAAAAUGGUGUCUAAGUUCACCCAGCUGCAAGAACUACUAAGUGAUAGUAGCCUGGAUUCAAACACGGGUUUGUUUAAUGUUAAAGCCCAUGUUACCACCCCCCAGCCUUCCCCCCUGUAGGGACCUUCUGUUGAAGGCUUGCUCUGUACCAGGUGCUGUGCUAAACUGUACAUUGCUUAUUCCAAUUGACCUGUGAGGUCAAUGCCAUUGUCCGCAUUUCACAACUGAGGAAACUGACCCACAAAGAGGUUUGUCUUAUGCUCAAGGCCACACAACUAGUAAGUGUGUGGCUUUAAAAAUUUUUAUAACAGCUUUCAAAGAUGAGCCUUAAAUGCUUUCUGUCCCCAGGUAUUCAUUAAUUGACAAGAGAAGGACCACCUUUCAGGAAAUGGCAUCUUCUUGCCUGCUACUUGUACAUUUUUCCCUUGUCGUAAUGCCCUUGAUCUUGGACCCUGGCACAAUAUCACUUCCCUUUAGCCAGUCUAAGCACCAGAGAAGUCAGUGUCCAGCUUUAUUUACUCCACAGAGCCUCCUGCCUGCGAAAUUUACUUGAUGCAGUGUCAUUAAUAUCUUUGGUUGUAUGAAUAUCAACAGGAAAGAAGGAAGGGAGGGAGGGAGGGAGGGACUGUUUUCUCCUUUGGCUCUCAUCACUUUCAGUUUAAAGGCCAAAUGCUAGAGAAUUCUACUUAGGGCAAAGAGAGCUUCACCUUAGCUACUCCUCCAGCCCACCCGUGGCAUCCUCGCACUGUGAUAAAAGUGAAUACUCCCACCCCUCUGCGGGGCCUAUCUAGCUCCCUCCAGCCUUUGCACAUGCAGCUUCUCGUCCCUGGAAUAUCCUUCUAUCUCCUUUGCCUGGAAAAAUCUGUCUCAUUAAUUCCCAUUAGAUAUUGUCUCCUCUGAGAAACCUUUUCCAGCUCCCUACUUCUGGGAUUCACGCUCCUUCUCUAAAUUCCCAUGCACCCUCAUGCGCCAACCACCUAUAAUUCCAGCACUGAUGACAUUGACUUUGAAAUUGUCGCAUUGCAUGUCUGUCUCCCUAACUAUACUCUGAGCUUCUGCAGAAAAUGGACGGGUCUUCUUACCCAGGUAUUCCCUUCGCCUAGCGCAGCCCUGACACAGUAGUGUGGCAGCUCUCCAUGGCUGUCCAACGAACCACCCCCAAACAUGCCUUCUAGCAUUAUUUAUUUGCUCAUGAUCUAUGGUUGGCAGUUUGGGCAGCGCUCUGCCGGGGUGGCCAGCCACUGCUCCAUGUGGUACCCAUUGGGUUUACACAAACAUUUGUGGUCAGUGAAUAGUUGGUGGGGGGCUGGCUGAUCUUGGAAGACUUCAUGCAUAUGUCUCGCAGUUGGCUGGGGCUGUUGGCUGGGGUGCCUCAGUUCUGUUCCUCGUGGCCUUUCCCCACAGCUAGCCCAGGCUUCCUCAUGAGGCCUCAUGAGAUCAAAGAGGGUGAGAAUGGAAACUGCCUGACCUUUCGUGGACUUGAUUGGAAGUCACACAGUGUCACUUGGAUAGCAUUUGGUUGUCCAAAGCAAGUCACAAAGAAUCAAGAGGUAGGGAAGUAGCCUCUACCUUUGAUGGGAGGAGCUAUAAAGAAUUUGUGGCUAUUUUUACUCCACCAAGAGUAGGUACACAUUAUUUUUUGAAUAAAGGACUAAGGAGUUGCCCAGUUAUUGAAAGACUUCAGCUCUCCAGAUGCAAAUUACUGACCAACCACUGGGUAGAAGUGUAACAUUAAGUUCUGAAUAAAGCCCAGUGCCUAAUAAAAACUUCAAAGUCAGAAAAUGCUAAAUUGAUAGUGCUACAUGGAGCCAUGGAGCACACAGUUUAAUCUUCCUGUCCUGUUGAUGAGAAAGCAGGUGUGAAAUUGUCAGCUGGCAUGUCCAAAAUCAUGAGGCUUGUUGGGUUCAUAGCCUGGGCCAAACUUCAGUCUCCUGGCCCCCAAUCCUAUGUCAUUUCCAGUCUGGUGUUCUGCAGUGUAGGGUAAUUUGGUGAAAACAGGCCUUUGGCUUUGGGGUACUUAUAAAAUGCGAAUGGUGCCAUGUACCUGUGAAGGUGGGUGAAGGGUAUACAUUUUAAUUGACUCAGGUUGUUAAAUUAUCCUUUAAAAAAAUAUAAGUAUUUCAUGUGGUAUGUUGACAGUAGAACUACUUUAACCUUUAGAAACUCCAUCCCUAAAUGUAACACCAAGAAUUAUUAUCAAUUAACAGUAAGCAGUAUUUCUAAGAACUUUUAUUUCAAUGUACGUGUGUGUCUGUGUGUAGCAGUGUAUUGCAUUAAGGUUUCACUCAUUAGAAUCCCUGAAAUGGCAUUCUUCGUUCCCAGAGAAAACACUUUUGAUAUGUUUGUUAAUUCUGUUGUAGAGAGAAAAAUGCCUUUUAGGUUGAUCCUACUGUCUGAUGUUUUAUCAUUAAUGUCUGUUAAAUAAUUAUAUAAAUUGAUCGGGGGACUAGUUGAGAAAUGAUGGAUAACAUGAAGAAGAUAUCCACGUCUGAGUAGAUUAGAUGAGAUCGACUUCACACCAUCUUAAAGGUGACUGUUGGAGUGGCAGCAGUGAAUAAAUUAAAAUCAUUGCUUUCAGUUCAAAGAGGAGGCUUACAUUUUCAGAUACUCAUUCCUUUCAAAUAUGCUGUGAAAAUAAUCCACUUUCAGGACCUAUUUUAAACUAAUAAUGUUAACUAUUCUCUCCUGUUGAGUAUUAAUCCCAUUUUCAUUUUUGUUCAUAAAUGGUCAGAAUAACUCUUUUCAGUUUUGCUGAUUGGUUGGAGUCUACUGAUAUCAUUGACCAUGGUUUUACUCAUUUAAGGCAGAAUUUCAGGUAUAAUGUUUUUCCUCAGUUCAAUACCAAAAGGACAAAUCUGCAGUGUGCCAAAAUGAAGAUCAUCAUCAAAGUUAGCGUAUGGUAUUGUUAAAUGCAUUAAUAUAUGUACUUAGUAUAUAUGCUUAUUUUUAAAUUAGAUUGAAAUUUAUGUUCUCCCUUUAUUAAAAAUUGUAGUAUAAUACUUAAACUGAUAAGGUGAAAAUAGAUAGUAGAGCAUGAAAUAAAUGUUAAAUUUUUAAAACAGUGACUUUAGGGUUUCACUUUUCUUGUCUUUUAGAACAAAUUAGCUAUUUUUUAUUCUAAGAAAGGGUUGCAUUUAUAAAGCUGAUCAACUGCUAACCUAUCAGAAAAGAACACAUGGGACUCGUCUCCAAUUCUCUAAUGUAGCCAAAAGUGCCAUUUGUAAAACUACUUAAUGAUGGAUGUUUUCUGAAGCUUUUUUGCCUGGAAAAAAAAUAAGUGCAUUAAAAAGCUUUUUAUGUAC